AUGGAUGAGUGUGAAAGUACGCCAUCGGAACUUGCAACUCACUUAGCACGCAGAGUUGUUACAUCAUCUGGUCAGAAUAAUUAUAGUGCUGGAACCGGAGCAAUAAGACGAUUUGCGACGCAUGCAUCAAUUGGUCCAUCUAUGUCAGUUUCUACAGUGGCUCCGAAUCGUUAUGUUCCGGUUACUCGUAUAAGCACAAAUCCUGCUGGUAGUUCAUCUAUGUAUCAAGCAAAGCGGCCCUUGUCUAGUAAUUAUGCGUGCGAUCUUCAGUUAAUACGGAAAUUUCCUCGCAGUACCGAUAAAUCCAAAGGCUUGCGACACUUCAGUACCAAAGUUUGUGAAAAAGUUAAAGAAAAAGGACAUACGAAUUAUAAUGAGGUAGCUGAUGAGCUGGUUUCUGAGUAUUUUGAUUCAGCCGAUGUUCAACCUACAGAUACGGAAAAGCAACAAUAUGAUAUGAAAAACAUUCGACGUCGUGUUUACGAUGCAUUAAAUGUGCUAAUGGCUAUGAAUAUCAUUGAAAAAGAGAAAAAAGAAAUUCGGUGGGUUGGAUUGCCAACAUCUUCCGUGCAGGAAUGUCGUAAAUUAGAGGAAGAAAAAGCAAAGCGACAGGAACGAAUACGUCAUAAAUCCGACCAGCUUCAGGAGCUCAUAAUACAGCUUGUGGCUUAUAAAACCUUGGUAGAAAAAAAUCGUGAGUUGGAGCGUGAUAAUGGUCGUCCAAUGGAAGAUUCGAUACUUUAUUUACCAUUCAUCAUUGUGAACACAGCAAAGAAAACAUUCAUCGAUUGUGCCAUCUCUCAUGACAAGACCGAAUAUUUGUUCAAUUUCGACCAACCAUUUGAAAUUCACGAUGAUAUCGAAGUGCUGAAAAGGCUUGGACUUGCUUAUGGCUUAGAUCGCGGUGAAGUUAGUGAUGUUGAUCGUAACAAAAUUAAGUCGUAUUUGCCCCUUUGUCUUCGUGACUAUGUCGAUCAAAUUAUUGAUGGUACUUGCAGUAAUGCCGCCUAUGAUAUCUCAUCGAAUAUUGCUUCAACUGUAAACGCACCGCAAGACAAUAAGCAGACUGUUUACGCCAUAGCACCGCGCAUUGAACAGUCAACAGUUACUCCACAAAGCUACCACCAACCAAAACGUCAUCUUCAGUCAUCCUCAGCUCGAAUUAUUCCACCUGUUCUUCCACGAACUAUAAUUACUGGUGCUAGUGCUCUUCAGACAGACUCGGAUCCGAAAUACCUAACAACGAACCCAAACGGGUGCCGUACCAUUCGUGGAUCAGUGCAACGCUAUAAUAUACAACAAGAAGGUUCGAACAACACACAACAAAGGGCAUUUAAUGCAAAUAGACAAGUUGCUUAUACCAUUCAGGAUGUCGGACAGGGCCAGCUUUCCGAAGAACAACAGUACGAAGAAGUAUAUGAAGAAGAAGAGGAAGAAAAUUUGGGCUAUGAAUAG